AUGCUGGACACCAUCCUCCCUUCGCUGCAGGACGUCGGCAGGCAUCUGCUGCCCACGCUGCCCUCGCUGACCCAGGAGGAAGUUUCUACUAUUUGGGGAAAUGUGUCAGAAUUUGUGGAACGGCAGCUAUCCUUACACAAGGGAGUUCAGAUUCCAGGACUUGGAACUUUCACUUUCAUGAGACAAAAGCUUGAGGUGGGAAACAAGAAGUUUUUCCUAAUUCAGAGGCCCGUGUUUAUCAUGGCAGAGAAGUUAGUACAGAUCCAUGGACUCAAACAAAACAGAAUAUAUACUCCUGGUGAUAUCCCAAUAGUUCCACUUAAUUUUGUCAUGAUAUCCUUGGAGGGUCCAUUUAGCAGAGAUAUAGUGGAAGGAUGUGUGAAGGAGACGCUGCUUUUUUUAUCACGAUCCAUUUCCAUCAAACAAAAUGUGGAAUUUACAUUCAAAGGAAUCGGGGUCCUCGUGAUCAAAGACAGUAAAGUCAAGAUGAGAUUCUAUAAGGACUUCCUUUGUACAAUGGAUGGAAGCGGGGCUUUGGCAAAAGCCCUAGCAAAUAGGCCUGACACGGUGGAUUCGGUGUUGUCCAGCAGAGAGAACGUGGGGAAGCGACCCAACAGCGUGCUUGCAUUUCCAAGGAUUGAGAUCAAGGAGGUGGAGAACAAACCACCUAUGGAGACCAUUGCAGAAGAAGAUGGACAGAAUGGACAGAGGAAGGACAAAUUAAAAGACCAGUCAGACAAAGAAGAAGGUGUCCCAGAGGUUUUAUCACCCAAGACAGCUCAAGAUAGACCAGCUGUCUCUCCUGCCAAAGGGACAAAUGUCAGUAUGCCAAAUAAACUGGAGCAGAAUGGGAGUGGUGGGAAGAAUAUGAACCCUGAAAGUGUAUUGUCUCCAGGUGGACUGAAAAAUGAUCAUGAAAUGAAGCCUAAAAUUUCUCCAGGCACUUCUUGCAAGGACCAUCAUAGGGCAGGACAGGAAAUGUGUUAUAUAUGCUUGCAACGAGCACAGCGAAAUUUCCCACUGUACUAUACCGAGGAGAGGAGGAGGAGAGAGAUGGAAGAUGAGCGACUCAUCCAGGAGUAUCUAGUGUUGAAAGACCAAGAGACUAUCUUCAAAGAGCAGAUGAGAAGUCUGGCUAGUAGAGAACAGAAUCAAAAGAAUGCCGCCUAUAAUCUUGGAGUUGCUGAAGCUAUAAGAAUCCACAAGAAUGAGAAACCUGAAUUUUAUAAAUCCUUCCUGUUUGAUAAACGGCCACUCAGUCCUGAGAUUAAUGCUUUUAAGCAAGAGGAGUAUUCCCAAAGUCUCCUGAGACAAAUGGAUCAGAGACGGGAAAAGGACAUAAAGCAAAGGCAAAACAGAGAGCUGAUGGACCGCCUGGAACAAGUGCAGCUCACAGAGGAACUUGCUGCGCAAAGAGCCAAAUAUAUAAAAGAUAAGAUGGAAGAAACACAGUGUUACAAGAGAGCUCUGGAUGCGCAGAUAAAGAAUAGAUGCCCUCAGCUGCCCGUGUUUGAGCCAGACUCUUCUAAGCCCAUCUUUGGUAAGAAUGAGAGUGAGAUGAUGGUGGAAAAGCGAAAGAGAGACCAGAAUUACAUGAAGCAUCAGAUGGAGGCAGCUGCUAACCACAAGAGGAGGGCCAUCCUGCAUCAGCUGGUGGACCAAAAGCGGGAUUUGCUAAUGCUUCAGAGGACACACACAGAGCACUUGGCAGACAGAAAUGCUGAGCUUGAGCGAGCGAACAGAAUCAACCAAAGCUUACAGGACCAUUGGGAAAGGAGUGCUGUCAUGAAGAAGCAGCGAGACUCGGAGGAGAAGGCUUUUGAGAGGGCCUCCGACAAGCUCUUCCUGCUGGACCAGUGUGAGAAGUACCGGCGCUGCAAGCAGUGCCAGAGGCGCACCUCCAACAGGGGCGAGAGCAACCUGUGGUCCCUGAACAAGUACAUGCACGGCUCCCGGCUGUUUGUAUAAAACCCAGGGUCUCGGCCUGCUGGGGAAAGUCCUUUUUUUUUUUUUUUAAGGGUGAUGGUGAAACUUCAUAUUUUUACUUUAGAGGGAAAAAAAAAGAAUUACUGUGCC